GAAAUAUCUCAUUCUGUAUUUUGCACAGAUCCGCCGCUCCUGUCACUCGAGAAACCAACGUCCCCCUUUUUUUUUUUGUCUUUUUUCUUCUUUUUUUUUUCCGCUGUUAUCCGUCACGGAACGGAUACCGUUAUCUCGAACGCAACGGGACAGGAGACGGAGACAUGGAACGGGCAGCGGAUUUGCUUCCAGCGGAUUUGUCUUGCCGUUGGAAUACUCCCUCCCCUCCUCCCUCUGUUUUUCCCGCCACUCACAUCGCUUUACUCAGUCUUGGCUUCACCGAACAAAAUCUGCUGUCUGAACUUUCCCAUCAUCCGUCGUUAGUUUUCUCGCUCUAAUCGUCCCUUAAAGGAGCUUCCCACUUUCCCUGAAUCGGCCAUCAUACCUAUUCGCUUUCGACCGUAUCAAGACCAUUUCAAGUGUUCUUCGUCUCGAUAAUGGAAGCUUCUGGCCUGCUGGGUGUGAAUAAGGUGAUACAUUCUUCGUUACAGCUAAAACCGGAUGGCUUUGGAGCCCGGGAUCGAGUCAGUCCUUCUAGGACUGCUGUGCAGCUGAGCAAUUCCUCCCGGAAAUUGAGGGUGGUCUCGGAGUACGACGAGCAGAAGCAGAGCACGAAAGACAAAUGGAGGGGGCUGGCUUUCGAUGCUUCUGAUGACCAGCAGGACAUCACCAGAGGGAAAGGGAUGGUGGACACCCUCUUCCAAGCUCCGGCGGGGUCCGGGACCCACUAUGCCGUCAUGAGCUCCUACGAUUAUACAAGCGCGGGUCUCCGCCACUAUGAAUUUGACAACAAUGUGGAUGGAUUGUACAUUGCUCCGGCAUUCAUGGAUAAAGUUGUUAUCCACAUGACAAAGAACUUCUUAAACCUCCCGAACAUCAAGGUUCCUCUCAUCUUGGGUGUUUGGGGUGGCAAAGGCCAGGGGAAGUCAUUCCAAUGUGAACUCGUCUUUGCCAAAAUGGGAAUCAGUCCCAUUACGAUGAGUGCUGGAGAACUGGAGAGUGGGAAUGCCGGUGAGCCCGCGAAGUUGAUCAGGCAGAGGUACCGUGAGGCAGCCGACAUCAUAAGGAAAGGCAAGAUGUGCUGCCUCUUCAUAAACGAUCUAGAUGCUGGGGCAGGGAGACUCGGUGGGACCACCCAGUACACCGUCAACAAUCAAAUGGUGAAUGCCACCCUCAUGAACAUAGCCGACAACCCAACUGACGUUCAGCUCCCUGGCAUGUACAAUAAGCAGGAGAACCCUCGCGUCCCGAUCAUAGUCACUGGUAAUGAUUUCUCGACGCUGUAUGCCCCUUUGAUUCGUGAUGGAAGGAUGGAGAAGUUCUACUGGGCUCCUACUCGGGAAGACAGGAUUGGCGUGUGUAUGGGCAUCUUUCGCACUGAUGGUGCUCCGAGGGAAGACAUAGUCAAGCUCGUCGACACCUUCUACGGACAAUCCAUUGAUUUUUUUGGUGCGAUUAGAGCAAGAUUGUAUGAUGAAGAAGUGAGGAAAUGGGUCUCAGAGAUUGGAGUGGAGAACGUUGGCAAGAGGCUUGUGAACUCCAAAGAGGGACCCCCCACUUUCAAGCAGCCUGGAGUAACUAUCAAGAGGCUCCUCGAGUACGGCUACAUGCUCGUCCAAGAGCAGGAAAACGUGAAGAGGGUCCAGUUAGCUGAGAAGUACUUAAAAGAAGCUGCACUCGGCGAUGCAAAUGAAGAUGAUAUUAGACAUGGAAAUUUCCUUAGCUAGCCCCUUUAUCCAGAUCGCGAAACUGAAGUUGUGAAUAAAUGAUCACGAGAUUCUUUGUAUGCAGUAACAAUCACAAAGAUGGUAUGUUUGGCAUAAAUAAUUGAUGCUUUGCAGGACUAAUGUACUCAGGUUAUC